UCACACUUUGACAUUUGCGUUCAUGGUAAUUUUCGCGGUACUAGAGCGUCGGUAUCAAAAAUCUUGAUUUUACUGUAAAAACACAUAUAAUAAGUGAUUAUUAAGUUGUGAUUUGGAGAUAAUGGAUAUAAACGUGUGUAUGAAUCUUUUUUAAAAAGUGCUAAGGUCUAGAUCUCAAUAGUUUUAAUUAUAUCUGCAAUAUUGAAACUGUGAUGGCGCGUGUAUGACGGAUGUGUGAAAUUAAUUUUGGAUAGUUUAUGUGGUAUGCAAAAAAGAAAAUUAAGUUUUCGAUAUUGCUACAUAGAUAAUCCACUAUGGAGACCGAAUCUUGCAUUUCAUUUUAGCGCAUCGUGUGGUAAAGGAAGCAAUAUCGCGUUAUAAUGUCUAGAUAAACUGAAUACUACAGUUUUUAUUCAUGAUAAGAGAAAUUGGUAUAAUUUAUGAGAUGUAAAUUAUUACUGAGCCUGCAAACUAGUUUGUAGCGACAUGACGUUGUAUUUUAAAUUCUAUUAGCGACAGUACUUCGACGAUUUAUAUAAUUUGUUUGGGUAUACAAUUUCACGUCAUUUUCGAUCUAACUUUGUACAGCAGCGUUACGUCAGUCGGACGAAUGAUUCGACGCCUUUACACAAAAUGGAGGAAUCUGAGGACAACAUGAGCGCCGAAGAGUUAAAAUUUGUUGAUGGCCCUGUUAAAAAUAGGCCUAAAAAGAGGUCACUUGUUGAAAGGGAACUAGAAACAAGUUUAACAGCGCGUGUAACGUCGCCUUUAACUAAUGGCGAUAGAACUAAUACUAGUCGCUAUGGUAGAGCUCGACGACUCAAAUCUGAUGCUGAGUCUUGCGACACAGACAAAAAUACACCCAAAACCCACAAGUCGCCCAAACUUGACCUAUCACCCAGUAAAGUACAAUCGCCAGCAUAUAAAAUGCACGCUUCCAAUUCUCCCAUCAGAAUUGAAACGCCAAAGAAGGAUACGAGUUUGGAAAAUCAAAUUGAGAACAUUUACAAUGAAAAUGUUUCUUUAAGUCGCUUCAGUUCUGAAGAGAAGGCUAGCAAGUCUUCGACUAAAAAGUUCCCUAAAGUUUAUAUAAGGAAAGAUCUGAUACAAGGUAAAGAUAAAGAGGACGACACAGUUGUGCUUAUUAAAAACAUGUUUUCUUCGUCGAGCAGCGCAACUAAGUCCAAUACUCAUUUGGAAAAUUACUUGGAGAGGUCAUCUGAAAAGUAUAAUGGGAAAAAACCAAUAAAUGGUUAUGUAAAUACAUCUUCAGUGGUAAAAACUUUGGAUUUUGAUGUUAAAAAGAAAAAAAAAGAUGAGAAAAAAGUUGUUUUGUCAAAAAAUGAGCUGUUUGAGUUAGAGGCACAAUGUGAAUACCAAGUUGGAGACUUGGUGUGGGCCAGAAUGGGGACGUAUCCAUUUUGGCCAUGUAUAAUAACCAAAGAUCCAUUAAGUGGAACUUUUGUUAAAAAGAAGUUGUUUGGACGUUUCCAGCGAGAUGUACUUCAUGUGACAUUCUUCGGAGACAAUGGACGCCGCGGCUGGAUCGUGGGCACUAUGCUUCGAAAGUUUCUUGGUCAACUGGAGUUUGAAAUGGCCAGAAAAAAUUAUACACCUGAGACUAAAAAAAAGGAUCCAAGAUUAUAUGCUGCAUUUUUCAUAUCUGACAAAAAAAUGCCACAAUGGCAGAUUUCUGUUGAUGAAGCUGAAAUGUUGUUAAGAGAGCCUAAAAGAUUAAGAAUUGAUAUUUUAUAUGACAUGCUUUAUAAGGGUAGAGAAUUAAAAACUACACCAAUACACGAGAAGAGCAAGAAAAUCGUAAGAACUAACAGUGAUGUAUCUCUUAGUGAAAGUUUACUAGACACAUUGUUUGCUGAAGAUGAUUCUAAAGGCAAAGAUGUGGAAGGAUCACAAAACAAAAGCAGAAACAAGUCUUUAGAUGUGUCUGAUGUUGUGACAGCUUGUCUUGAUAAUAUGGCGGCCAAAACAGGUAUAACUAAGAUUCAAAGGCAAUCUCACAUGGACAGGUGGCUUCAGAAAGCAAAAUCUAAAACUCCAGAAAAAUCUCACCUUCAAUCUCAUCUGUCUCUUAAAAUGGAGAGAGAUAGUAAAGUAAGUAACUGUGUUAAAUUAAAAAAAAAGUUGCCCAAAAAUUCUCCAUCUAACAGGCCUUAUAAUUUUAGAAAAAAUAAUAACGAAUCUCAAUAUGAAACUGAACAUAUUUUGUUUUCACAUCAUAAUGAACAUGACUAUAGCUUAAAAGACCGUGAUAGUAACGGUCCUGUGAUUUUAGACAAAAUUGAAAUUGAAUAUGAAAAUGCUGAAAUGUUUACAAGUGAUAUUAUAGAACCUGGAUCAGGUUUGGGUAUAAUUUCUAAAGUUGAAACACUUUGUGAUUCAGAACAAGCUGAUUAUGAGAAUAAAGAAUUUAUGACAGAUUCCCGUUACAAAUUAACAAUAAAUGACGCAAAUAAUGUAGAAAAUACGACCAACCAAAAUGAAGUAAAUGUACAAAGUAAAUGUAAAGAAUUAUUAGAUUUAAAAAUUGAUUUAGUGGUAGAAAGUGAUAUCCCGUCGCUUUGUACAAAUAUGGCAGAUAUCACUGAAACAAAUAAUGUAGUUGAAACUAUUGUUAUAAAAUCUCCUGAGACUAUUGAAUUAACAAACACUGACAAUGACGAAAAUGAUUUAAACACGUUACCUUAUGACAAUACUUCAAGAAAUUCAAAUUUCAUGUCCUUUGAGGACCAAAAUUCUAAACUGUCAAGUCCAAAUGUCUUAAAUUGUACAAGUGAGGAGAACAGAAGUUUGAAUUUAUGUGAUUCGUACAUAGAACCAAUGAAGGAGAGCGAAAUAUGCGACAGUACACCGAUUACAACAAAACAAGUUCCUUUAGUGGAGUUGGAAAAUCAAACAGCACAAGUUGAAAAGUCAGCUAUAGAACAAGAUAACUAUUUUACUAGUUGUGAUAAGUCUUCUAAAGAGUCCUAUGAUAGUUUAUCUUUUGAUCAUACUUCGAAUAGCUUUGAUGGAAACUUAUUGCUACAGACAGUCCAGGUAAAAGAAAGUAUCGUAAAAGUAGAUUUACCAGAAAAUAAAGAGUUAGAGUUAAAUAAUAGUGAAGAAAAAAACACUCAUCAAGAUUUUUUAACGAAGUCUGAAGCUACUACAGAAAUUGAAGAAUCGGUAAGAAAACUAGAUAACUACUUUAAUAAUUGUGAUAAUCUUUCUAAAAUUGUUCAGGAUAGUUUAACUCCUGAUGUUACUUCAAUUAGUUAUGAUGAAAGCUUAUUGCAUCAGACAACGACAGUAAAAGAAAAUAUUGUGAAAGUAAAUUUAUCAGUAAAUAAAGAGUUAGAGUUAAAAGAUAGUAUUGAAUACGAAAUUAAGCAAGAAUCUUUAAUAGUGACUGAAACAGCUACACAAUUAGAAGUCUCUGUAAAGGAACAAGAAAAUUAUUUCACUGUUUGUGAUACACAUUCUCAAAAAUCUCAUGAUAGCUUAACUCUUGAUGUUACUUCAAGUAGCUUUGAUGAAAACUUAUUGCAUCAGACAACAAUAGUAAAAGAAAGUAUUGUAAAAGAAAAUCUGUCAGUAAAUAAAAAGUUACAAACAAAUGAUGGUAUAAACAGCAAAACAAAGCAAGAUACAUUAAUAGAUUCAAAAACUUCAGGCAUGGCAGAAGUCGAAGAGACUGUAACAGAACAUGAUAACUGUAAAAGUAAUUGUGAUAAGCCUUCUAAAGAGUCUUAUGAUAGUUUAACUGAUGUUACUUCAAGUAGCUUUAAUGGAAACUUAUCUGAUCAGAUAAUCGCAGUAAAAAAAAGUAUUGUGCAAAAAGAAAUAUUUGAAAAUAAAGAGUUGAAGUUAAAUAGUAGUGUUGAAAAACAGCAAGAUACUUUUUUAAUAGAGUCGGAAAAUACAAUACAAGACGAAGAUAGAAUUCAACACGACGACUGUUUCAAUGACUGCGAUAUGCCUUCCCAAAAUAAUGUUGGUUUAAAAGAUGCUGAUGAUGAUGAUAACGGUAUUGGGAUUGAAAACUUUCUUGAUCGAUCUACGAAUAAUUUAGAUACAAACACAUUAGAAAAUAAAAGUGAUUUAAUGGAAAGUACAGACAUGGCGUUAACCGAACGUAACUUAGGGUUGUCUGCUGUUCUUCAAGUAAAAGAAUAUGUUCAUAAUGGGAUUGAAAAUGUAACAAACAUAUCGGAAAUACAAAAUAUCGGAGAAAAAUCAAUAUCGAGUUACUCUAACCAAAACGAAAAUAAUUUAAAAAAGAAAAAUAUAUUUAGAGAUGAACUGACUAGUUUACGGACGAAAAACUCAAGUGAAUCUAAUCUUGCGAACUCAAAGGAAUGUGGUAAUAAUGACAUAAAUGAUUCUUCCGACAAAUGUACGGAUGUCGGCGGAAAAAAGAAUGUGAUGACAUCCAGAAGUCACCGUCGCAUCAACAUAAAUCAUCAGUGUAAAGCAAAAGAUCGGCAAAAUGACCUUAAAGAGUUUGAAAUUCAACUGUAUAAUAUUUUUGGUUUAUCAAAUGAAAAAUGUCCAAAAUCUAAAUUUAAUUUAGCCCUUAAUAAACAAAGUAAAAAUACUAACUUAUCAGAUAAAAUAAAAACAAAAAUUGACACUGUUCAAAUUAAUUCCAACGGUACAUCUGAAUGUGCAGAUCAUAGUAAACAAAAAAAUGAAAAUGAAAGUAUUAACAUUGACAAUACAAAAACAAGUUCGCCGAUUUGUGUAAAAGAGGUAGAUUUAGUAAAAAGUAAAAAACAAUGUUCACAAAAAGUUCAGUAUGAGACUACUAAUACUAAUAUAUCCAAUAAUAAUAAUAAUAAUAGUUUGGUUAAUGAGUUGCCAAAGGUGAAAAGUGAUACCCUAAGUAAUGUAGUUAAUGCCGAAACUACUUCUACGGAUGUCAUUGAAGAAUUAAGGUUAAAAAAUAAUAAUAAAAAUCUUAUUAAUAUCAUAAGUGAUGCUGAAAAGAAAAUAGUAGGUGGCAAAGUUUCCGACACUUUAAUAAACUGUGACAGUAACGACAGGUUACAAAAUACUUCCAUAGAUCUUGGAGACAAUAAUCAUUCGCCACAUAAAACGAAUGUUACCACUGAUUGUCAAGUCUCUUGCGACACCAGAAAAGCUUUGGAAAAUCCGGCAUUCUUAAAUUAUUUUGAAUUAAAUCAAGAUCUUCUAAUGGAAGAACAACCUGGCCUUACCCAAGAAGAAUUAACAAAUCAUCUGUAUAAAACCUGGUUGUAUCAAGAGAAUUUGAAAACAGAUAAGACAAACAAUAAAACUGCAACUGCGAUAUUGGUAAAUGGUCUAGAGAAAAGUCCAAUAAAAAUCAAGCUUUCCCUUGAUAAAACAAGUAAAAAGCAUAAAAAAUCUUAUAUGGUCGAAAUAACAAACGACAACGAAAUCUGUUUAAAUACUCCUGAUAAUAUAUUUGUCGUGAAAGAAGAAACUGAUUUAAAUAAAAUAAAUUUAAAUGAUCAUGUUGAUGAAACCAAAUCUUCGUUGAAAAGAAGUAAACGCAUAAAACAUCGCCAUCUUAUAAAUUUCGAAAAACCUUUAGGGAUUAAUGUUGAAGAUAGCGUUGGUAAUAAAGUUUGCGAAGUGACUCCCGAAAUUAAAGAAAAUAAUACCAGCAGAAAUAAAAAUAAAAUGAUAACUGAUAAGGAAGAUAAAAUGUGUACAGAUUUUGUAACGAUUUCUAACAAACCUUCAGUCCAAAAUGUUUAUAAAACCGAUCAAACUAAACUGGAAUCACAUUCCUAUGAAAAGACUGAUUGUAUAAAAAAUCUAUCUCCAAAAGUGAACGAUGGUCAUAUAGGAAAAAUAACAUUGAAGAGACCAGCAUUACUUGAUUUUAAAGCUGAUUUAAAUUCUGUUAGUGAUGAUGAAAAACCAUUGGUAGCACAUCCGUUACGUCUAACAUUUUCCAAAAACCAAUCUGCUUAUGUUGCAGAUGGUGAAACAAACACAAAAGAUGAAAUAAAAGAUGAGAAACACGAAACUGAAAAAGACGACACAGAUACCUCAAUACAAUCAGCAGAUAGUGAAAAUUCAUUCAAAAGUAAGAAAGUACACGCAUAUGAAUUGGUUAGUAACACUGGAGAAGCCAUUUCAGAAUUUAAUAAAUUAAAUAAUAAAUAUACUAGUAAAGCCUUUAACAAUCCAGACUUUUUAAAAUAUUUACAAUUAGAACGAGAUACGCUAAUUGAUGAACACCCCGAACUAACCGAAGAGGAAAUAACUAAUCAUUUGUACAAUACCUGGUCAUAUAAAGACAAUUUGACGAGUGCUAUAAAGAAAGCGGAUGAUGUUGAAAAGGUCACUAACUUUAUUAAAGGCCUGAAUCAAGAUCCUAGUCCAGUUAAAAAAGUUCGUAAAAAGAAAAUCGAAAAAGAUGAACUAGUAGAGUUCAAUAUUAAAUCUGAAGAUAAGACACGAAAAGAAAAGUCCAAAAGAAAGACUAUUAAACAAUAUUUUUACAAAGAACAUUUUUCAGAUAUUGAAGAUGAUAUUGAAUUUUUCGAAAUACGUAAUGAGACAUUCAGUACACCUACACCGGUUGAAAAAACUGAAGGACAAAGUACACAUAUUGAAUCGGCCGAUGCUGAGUUAGAAUAUGUGACAGAUGAAACAAAUAAAGUAGAGGAAUAUUUUAGGCAACUAACUGCGCCUAAACCUAAUGUAUUCAAAGGUUUACUAAGGGAGAAAGUAUGUGAAAUUUGCGAAAAAGUUGACAAUCUUAUAAAGUGUAAAAGUUGUCACUGCAUGUUUCACGUCGAUUGUGUAAAGAAAAAAACUUGUGAAGUCAUAGAAAUCGCAUCCACGGUUAGAGGUAGAAAGAAGAAGAAAAAACACCGUGGUCGAAAGGCGAAAGACACCAUCGACUCUGAGAGCCAAAGCGACGAAAAAUCCCAAGACCUUAAUGCGUCCGACGAAAUGUUAAACACGUCUUUGGAGAACGAAAUUGAACCGUAUAUUGUAGUGAACGCGGACGAUUUCGAAGCACAGCUGUGUACAAAAAUGAAGGAAUUACUCGAAAAACAAACCAAUGAAAACGAAUUCUACUCAAGUGCAGAAGAACAAGAUUUUGAUGAUUUAGAUUACGGUGAAUGUAAAAUAGUCGAUGUGUUGCCACAUAAAAAAAACAAGGACGAAAUCGACUAUUCCAAUUUCAAAUGUGACAACUGUCAGAAAUACGAGACUCCAGUAUGUUUUGUUUGUAAAUCAGCUGUCUCUCCAAAGGAUAAAGCUGAUCAUAGACAACGGUGCCAAGUGGCUCAUUGCCAGAAGUAUUACCAUUUGGAGUGUUUGAACCAUUGGCCGCAAACUCAGUUCAACGCUGGGGAGCUAUCGAGGCAGAGCAAUAGCAAACAGUUGGUGGAAGCUUUGACGUGCCCACGCCAUGUUUGCCACACAUGCGUGUGCGACGAUCCUAGAGGAUGCAAGACCAGGUUCAGCGGAGACAAGCUUGCCCGCUGUGUGCGGUGCCCCGCAACAUACCACACAUUCACCAAAUGUCUGCCAGCGGGCAGUCAGAUAUUGACCGCUUCCCAUAUCAUAUGUCCACGGCAUUAUGAGCACAGGCCAGGAACUCAGCCUCGACACGUGAAUACGGGAUGGUGUUUCAUAUGCGCGUUAGGGGGCACUCUAAUAUGUUGCGAGUAUUGUCCUACUUCCUUCCACGCAGAGUGCCUUAACAUCGACCCGCCUGAAGGUGGUUACAUGUGUGAAGAUUGCGAAACUGGUCGAUUGCCGUUGUAUGGCGAGAUGGUUUGGGUCAAACUGGGACAUUAUAGAUGGUGGCCGGGUAUAAUUCUACAUCCAUGUGAGAUUCCAUGGAACAUCCUGUCAGUGAAGCACUCGCAGGGUGAAUUCGUGGUGCGGUUCUUCGGGCAGUACGACUAUUACUGGGUCAACAGGGGCCGAGUGUUCCCCUUCCAAGAAGGUGAUUCCGGAAGAAUAUCGAGUCAAAAAUCAAAAAUAGACGCAGCAUUCACUAUGGCGAUGGAGCACGCGCAAAGGGCUUGUGAAGUCUUGAAAACGGCAUCCCCAAACGUUGAGGAGUCAAUGGACAUAGCGUCGUCCCUGCUACCGCCGCACUACGUCAAGUUGAAGGUGAACAAGCCGUGCGGAUCGCUGUGCGGAAAAAAGAUUGACAUAGAGGAGAGUUCCCUCACACAGUGCGAGUGUGACCCCAAUGAGGUUGACCCCUGUGGACCCUACACUCAGUGUCUGAAUAGGAUGCUACUGACAGAGUGUGGGCCCACCUGCCGAGCGGGCGACCGUUGCAACAACCGCGCCUUCGAAAAGCGUCUCUACCCCAACAUGACCCCCUAUAGAACACCCCAUAGGGGGUGGGGGUUGAAAGCACUUGAGGAUAUUAAAGCUGGUCAGUUCGUAAUCGAGUACGUGGGCGAGUUGAUCGACGAGCAGGAGUUCAGGCGGCGCAUGCGCAGGAAACAGGAAGUGAGGGACGAGAACUUCUACUACCUCACGCUGGACAAGGAGCGGAUGAUAGACGCCGGGCCCAAGGGCAACUUGGCCAGGUUUAUGAAUCACUCGUGCGAGCCAAACUGUGAGACUCAAAAGUGGACUGUGUUGGGAGACGUUCGUGUGGGACUCUUUGCGCUUUACGAUAUACCAGCUAACAGUGAACUUACCUUCAACUAUAAUUUGGAAUCGACGGGUAUCGAGAAAAAGCAAUGCAUGUGCGGCGCUAAGCGGUGCUCCGGCUAUAUAGGCGAGAAACCUAAACAAGACGAGCAACCAAAGAAAAACAAACAAACAGGCAUACCAACAAAGCGGACGUACAAGAAACGCAAGAUCGUAGAACUAUCACCGACCACCAAACCCAAACAACGAGUGGCCAGAACUUACAAACCGAGAGAACUCACAGAAAUCGAAAAAGAUCUGCUAAUAAUAAAGAACGCUACCAACGGUGUUUCGAGUGAUUCUGAAUCGAGUCGACUUAGUAUCGAUAGUAAGGAUUCAAAGGGAUUCAAAAGACGGAGGACUGACGAUACUUUGUCGCCGAGUACUAAGAAGUUUAAAGUGGAUAGAAUAGUUGAUUCAACACACGACGAAUCAUAGUAUCUAGAUUUUCACAGUAUGAGGACUAAAAGUCCGGUAUAUUGUAGAUCUAUUGUGUUGAGUUACGGAAAAGAGGGUUUGAGUAAUACUCCUCGAAAUAAAACCUUGAUUGUUUGGUGAACAGUUUUGUUCCUCUUUAUAAGAGUUAAUUUUGUGUAAACAAUAUAGAAUGGUCUGGUUAUAUUGUUAAUAAAAAGCGCUUACAAUGGUGUGUCGAGUGAUUCUGAAUCGAGUCGACUUAGUAUCGACAGUAAGGAUUCUAAGGGAUUCAAAAGACGGAGGACUGACGAUACCUUGUCACCGAGUACUAAGAAGUUUAAAGUGGAUAGAAUAGUUGAUUCAACACAUGACGAAUCAUAAUAUCUAGAUUUUUACAAUAAGGACUAAAGGUCCGGUAUAUUGUAGGUCUAUUGUUUUGAGUUACGGAAAAGAGGGUUUGAGUAAGACUCCUCGAAAUAAAACCUUGAUUGUUUGGUGAACAGUUUUGUUCCCCUUUAUAAGAGUUAAUUUUGUGUAAACAAUAUAGAAUUGUCUGGUUUUCUAAUAAUAAAGAGCGCUACCAACGGUGUUCCGAGUGAUUCUGAUUCGAGUCGACUUAGUAUCGAUAGUAAGGAUUCUAAGGGAUUUAAAAGACGGAGAACUGACGAUACCUUGUCACCGAGUACUAAGAAGUUUAAAGUGGAUAGAAUAGUUGAUUCAACACAUGACGAAUCAUAAUAUCUAGAUUUUUACAAUAAGGACUAAAGGUCUGGUAUAUUGUAGGUCUAUUGUGUUGAGUUAUGGAAAAGAGGGUUUGAGUAAGACUCCUCGAAAUAGAACCUUGAUUGUUUGUUGAACAGUUUUGUUCCUCUUUAUAAGAGUUAAUUUCGUGUAAACAGAAUGGUUUAGUUUUCUAAUAAUAAAGAGCGCUACCAAAGGCGUGUCGAGUGAUUCUGAAUCGAGUCGACUUAGUAUUGACAAUAGGGAUUCUAAGGGAUUCAAAAGACAGAGAACUGACAAUACUUUGUCACCGAGUACUAAGAAGUUUAAAGUGGAUAGAUCAGUUGAUUCAACAUACGAUGAAUCAUAGUACCUAAAUUUUUACAAUGAGGACUAAAGGUCUGGUAAAUUGUAGGUCUAUUGUGUUGAGUUAUGGAAAAGAGGGUUUGAGUAAGACUUUACCAAACAAUCAAGGUUCUAUUUCGAGGAAAUAGAACCUUGAUUGUUUGGUAAACAGUUUUGUUCCUCUUUAUAAGAGUUAAUUUUGUGUGAACAAUUUAAAAUGGUCUGGUUAUAUUGAUAAUAAAGCGCGCUACCGAUGGUGUGUCGAGUGAUUCUGAAUCGAGUCGACUUAGUAUCGAUAGUGAAGAUUCUAAGGGAUUCAAAAGACGGAGGACUGACGAUAUUUUGUCGUCGAGUACUAAGAAGUUUAAAGUGGAUAGAUCAGUUGAUUCAACUUACGAAUAAUCAUAGUACCUAGAUUUUUACAAUGAGGACUAAACUUCUGGUUAUAUUUUAGGUCUAUUUUGUGAGUCAUGGAAAAGUACACCUAGAAAUAUGUGUGAAUAUUGAUUUUUAAAUUCAGUUUUGUCCCCCUUUAUAAAGGUUAAUUGUAAAAAGGUAUUAAUUAUUAUUAAUAAUUAAAAGCUGCUCUAGGUAACUCUUACGCGAUCAAUACCAGGCCAAUAUAAAUGUUAAGAGCUGUCAUAAAAGUGACAGCAGUACAGCUGAUAUAGCGCUCUCGCUCGCUCUUACGCUACAAAUACCAGACCAACAUAAAUGCUACGAGCUGUCAUAAAAUGUGAGAGCAGUACAGCUGAUAUAGUAGUCUAAGAUCCGGCAUUAGAAAUAUAUACACCCAUCUGUUAUUCAUUAGUGCUAUGAAAUAAAUGAUGGAUAAUGUUCACAGUUCCACAUUGCAAAUAGUUUGUCUAGUAAAAUUGCGACCAAACACAUUUUUCAUACAAAAUCUAGGAAACCAUGAACUAGAUCAAAUACAACAUAAUACAGUUAAAUUAAGCAUAAAAUAAGCUUUCAUGUGACAUAUUAGAUGACUAAACAUGAGGGUUUAUAAAUAUAAUUACUUAACUGUUUAUAUCUGGCAACCCCACAGUUGCAGUGUAAAAGCAGGCAACCUUUACUUUUUAAUUUAAUUCUUUUGGGUAUAUUCUAUUAACUAGUGUACGAUUUUUUUUAAUUAAUUAUGAGGGAAGUUAGACUUGACAAAAAAUUAAUCAUUUAUUAUUGAUCGGCCGCAAUUUAACUAUGCAACCUAUGUGCAAUGUGUCAAUGUGAAUAUUUUCUAUCAUUUAUUUCUUAUCCCAAAUAAAUAACAGAUGAGGGAUAUAUUUCUUAUGCCGGCUCUCUUACUAUACGCACUCUCUCGCUCUUACGCGACUCAUGCCAGGACGUAGUGAUGUGACAUGUAAACUGCCUUUAUCGAUUGUUGAUAUUAUUGAAACAAAAUCAGUAAAAUAAAAAUUAAUGUUUUUUUUUUCUAGUGGAUCUUUUGGUCUGUUAGCCUGUUAUGAUUAUUUUAUCAAAGACUUAUUUUAUUUUAUGUUUAAUAUUAAAAUAAUUUACAAAUAGUGUAAAAAAAUCAAAAUAAUCAAAAAGUAAUAAAAUAAUGUUGAAUGUAAAAAUAUGUAGUUAAAAUUUCAGAAAAAUAAUUGACAAAAGAAUAUAUAAAUCAUGAAAGUGUCAGAUUUUAACAAAAAUUUCAACUAUUGUCAAUGUUUAUUUGUUACAUAUUGAAAGAGUUAAGUUUAUUUAUAGUCAUUGCGUUAUCGGUUGAGUCGUCGAGCAAUAAAUAAUUUAUCUAUCAUCUAUCUAUUGACAUUUAUGGCCGCACGGCUCAGUUGAUAACGCAUGUAUGGUCGGAUGUAAUCUGUAUGACGUCUUGGAAAUUAGCUGCAAUUGUCGCUAGGCGCAUGUCUGUGGUCAUACAUUAAGUCAAGAGCCACCACUGCCGCACCCCUACGUUACCGCUGACACCUAAAGUCAGACAUAAAGUUUGCAUGCCAUUAUACACGAUCACAACUAGUUUUAAAAAUAUCUCAUGUGACUGUAGGUAUUUUAUAACAAUAGUUGAUUACAAUUUAUACCCUUGCUGGAUAUUUUUCUCGCAAAUUUCUUAAUGAUGAUACUAAGAAACUGGCUUAUUAAUGAAUAAAUCGGAUUCAACUGUAUAUGAGACCAAGUACCAAAGAGUAAUGGAACAAUUAUUAAAUAAUAAUUUACGUGUAUUUUAAGUCUUCCUAACUGAGCUGUAAGGUCUCUCGCACACACUAAAUACUGUCUAUAAAGUAGGGUAGGUAAGGUUUCUCAAGUGUACUUGAGAAUACUGUAAAAUUGUCGGGAAUAAUGCUGUAAUAUUGUCGGGAAUAAUACUGUAAUAUUGUCUUGAAUAAUGCUGUAAUAUUUUCCGGAAUAAUACUGUAAUAUUGUCGGAAAUAAUACUGUAAUAUUGUCCGGAAUAAUGCUGUAAUUAUGUUGGAAAUAAUACUGAAAUAUUGUCGGAAAUAAUGCUGUAAUAUUGUCGGAAAUAAUGCUGUAAUAUUGUCGGAAAUAAUGCUGUAAUAUUGUCGGAAAUAAUGCUGUAAUAUUGUCGGAAAUAAUGCUGUAAUAUUGUCGGCAAUCAUACUGUAAUAUUACUAGGGUAUUAAUUGAAGUUUAGACAAUCUUGCCGUACUUUAUUGACAAAAUUACUUGUGUGUCGAUAGCCUAAUGACACAUUUACAUAGGUUGCAAGAAUGCAUUACAUGGAAUUCAAUAAAAUGCCAUGAAAUAGAUAAUGUCUUUAAAAAGUCAUGACAUAUACAUCAUGUAAGAAAAUGGCAGGAUAUUGCUGUUUAAUUUUAAUCACAUUUUAUGUCGACAGAUUGUAUAGAAUAGUGUUACAGCCCUAUUGGUCCGGGAUCCGUGGAAUUUUUUUACAAUUGAUUACUAUUAAGUUAAUUUCCUAGCUAGCUUCAUCUUGAUGAGAAGCUCGAUGUUUUAUUUAUGAAAAUUCUUGAUUCUGGUAGCUACCAGGUAAAAAAAAUGUACCACGCAAUUUGUAGGUCAUUGUCGCUGUUAAGUUGUAUAAUACACAUACAGAUAGUAAUCAAUUGUAAAAAAAAUCCACUGAUCCCGGACUAUAUCACACAGGUAUUUUCGUUUGUAGGCAAUAAUGAAAGAGCGAUAUUUUCGAUUCGGCCACUAUUGGUCGACAAUAUCUCUUUCUCUUUACGAAAUAUGUCAUUGACGCAUCUUAGGUCUACAGAUUAGAACAGUAGGGCUAUUCUUUAAAGUAUGUCUUUAUAACUCGCUAGUGAGAGUUUCGGAUUCAACUCUAUCUGUCUCUGUCACGCAAGAUACUAUAGGAGGAGAAAGAUAGACAUACUAAGAGACAUUGUUCGAUCAACAGUGACCGAAUCAAAAAUAUCGAUCUCUUUUGUUGGUAACGAAAGAAAGAGCGAUAUUUUCGAUGCCGCUGCUAUUGGUCGACAUUCGUUUGUUCCUAGUCUCGAAAUGUAGUACGCAUGUUAUGGUUACUUUGAGAUCCUGGGUUCGAUCCCCGGCUGGACCGAUUGAAGUUUUCUUAAUUGGUCCAGGUCUGGCUGGUGGGAGGCUUCGGCUGUGGCUAAUUACUACCCUACCGACAAAGACGUACCCCCAAGCGAUUUCGAUUACGAAGCGAUUAAAUCGCUUGAAACAGGAAGGAGUGUGGAUUUUCAUCCUCCUCCUAACAAGUUAGCCCGCUUCCAUCUUCGAUUGCAUCAUCACUUACCAUCAGGUGAGAUUGUAAUCAAGGGCUAACUUGUAAAGAAUUAAAAAAAAACUACUAUAGGGUUAAGAUGCGGUCAACAAUGUGUCAUUUUGUCUUCUUCAGUGUGAAAGGGCUGUUCUGAGAGUUAUGUUCCAUUAUAAGUUAAGGCCACGUAUUCAUUUGUGUACAUAGUAGGUAUAUUGUAUCCAUUUUAUUAACCGACUUCCAAAAAGAAGUAGGUUCUACGUUCGGCUGUAUGUAUGUUUUUUCUUUUAAGGGUUUUUCCACCGAGGCCAAAAUUAUAGGCCAUGGAAGAAUAUUUAAACCUAAAAUUUCUUUAAAGUAAAACGGACCUAAUCACUACUAUUUUAAGAUCACUUUACUUUGACUUUGAUUUGAGAUUUAAAUUUUAACCCAUGUUUAUAUGAAAGUCUAAGAAUUUCGUUCUUUUAUAAUAUGGCAUGCAAAGCGUUAAAUCGAUUAUAAAAGAGCGUGUCGGGCCACGCGCAGUGUAGGGUUCCGUAGAUCAAAUAACACUUUAAACCCAUUUUAUUGCAAACAUACCGAUAGUGAUACACACUAUAACUAUUACACUAUGGGAUAGAUGAGAAAAAAAAAUCGCCUCACUUUUCAUGUAGGGCAGGAACCAAAUCUUUUGAGUUGGCACUUGACUCUAACAAAAAAUAGAACUGAGAAUUUUAAUAUUUUACAAAAUGAUUCCUAAAUCGAAAAAUAGGAUUUCGAGGCCCACAAUGUUUUUAGUAAAUCUUCGCGGACAGACAGACGGACAUGAGAAUAGUUUAAGGAUUCCGUGUGGAAUAUGGAACCCUAAAAAGUUCAUUUUCUUAAUAAUCAGAUUAUUUAAAUAUAAUCUAGUGUGUGAAUAAAAAAUAUUAAUUAUUUGUAAUUUGUCUGAUUAUUAUUAUUAUUAUUAUUAUUUGUGAUCAUGUUUUUUUAAACUAAUUUGGAUGCUACCAUUAUUGAACAAAGAUGAUUCAAUUUCGAAAAAAUGUUAGUAAUUUUUUUUUUAAAUUUUGAAAUUUUAAAGUUUGUUUACUAGUGAAUAUGGGGCCUUAGAAAUAUUAUUAUUAAUACCUGUACAUAUUUUUGUUUAGUUUAGUUGACGCUUUUUACAUAUCGACGCAAUAAAUACGUAUUCCAAUG